UGCUUAAUUACCGCUCUCUGUGUGAGAGAGAGAGAGACAGAAGCUGUGCAGGUGUGUGAGAGGGGGAGAGAGAGAGAUGGGCGGUGCCGUAAAGGUGUACGGAGUGGGGGCGUCGCCGUUCGUUGCGACGGUGCUGCUGUGCCUGGAGGAGAUGGGCGCAGACUACGAGCUCGUCCCCCUCGACAUGGCCGCGCGCGAGCAGAGGACCGAGCCUUACCUCUCUCGGAACCCAUUCGGCAAGAUUCCGGCGUUGGAGGACGGCGAGCUGACUCUCUUCGAAUCGCACGCGAUUUCUCGGUACGUGCUCCGCAAGUACGGAGGAACCAGCGCCGCCACCGAUCUCCUGCGGGAAUCCAGCCUCAAGGAAUUAGCCAUGGUGGACCUGUGGACGGAGGUGGAGGCCCACCAGUACCAGCCGGCCAUCGUCAACGUCGUCCGGCAGUGCGUCAUCCUGCCGUUCAUCGGCGGCACGCGCGACCAGGCCGUCGUCGACGAGUACGUCGGGAAGCUGGAGAAGGUCCUCGACGUGUACGAGGCGCGCCUGUCCAGCUCGCCGUACCUCGCCGGGGACUUCUUCAGCCUCGCCGACCUCGUCCACUUCGGCUUCACCUACUGCCUCGUGGCCGGCACCGAGUACGCGUCGCUGCUGGAGUCGCGCGCGAGCGUCAUGGCUUGGUGGGGGCGGAUCAUGGCCAGGCCGGCGGUGAAGAAGGUGGCGCCGCUCAUUCACCUCGGAUUGAAGCUAUCCUCGUCUGCUUAAAUUGAAUAAUAUAAUUUGUAAAUUCCGUUUAUAUGCGUAUUUCAGUUGGAUUUUACCACGUUUCAUGUCAACGAACACUGAGAAAUAAAUGUUUGUUUGUUCUAAGUA